CAGUUCUAGACGUCUCCGUGGUUUGACUGGUCAUCUGAUGAGCUUUAGUUCAUGCAUUCUUCCUUUUAGGUCACACACUUAAAUAAGUAGGCCUAUCUUACUUACGGGAGGAAGUGCAAUGGGCAAAUGACCAUAGAAGUAGAUAAUCAGAUAACGUGUACGUAAAAUGGGUUCAUGCGGAAAACUUAGUCAGAAUACCAGGCUUAUUGUCGAUGCUCGUAUUGUAUAAUUGGUAGGCCCACUUCUGAUGUCGCUGAUGACCUAGUUUGUCUUGACCCAAUUCAGACGUCGAAUAUAAACACACCUGUUGAUUAUGCGGAUUAUGAAGAUGGCGACCGCAGUUCGUGCAGUUACAGUGCCCUUGCGCGUGCUUGCGCCUUCAUGCGGGCGGACACCAAACUGCAGUCCAUUCUGUACGCUGAAUCCUUGGACGGUGGGCCCAUCGUUAUCCUUACACCACACAGGGGGCAACGAAAAGUUCAGAUUGCUUUCUACCUCUGCAGUUCGUUCUGCUGUAUUACAAAGUCCGCAUCCCGAGAUACAUGUACCAGAUGCAUCUUUUGCCGAGCAUAUGAUGCGGGACUGGGAGAAGUACAGUAAUAACGUGGCCUUGGUAGACGGAGCAACGGGAGAAACCGUCUCGUACAGCAUGCUGAAGGAUCGUGUCAUCCGCUGCGCAAGCGCCUUAACAAGGAUGGGGUUCAAGAAGGGGGACGUGCUAGCUCUAUACGCUCAUAAUGUGCCAGACUAUGCCACAGUGUUCAUAGCAGUUGGGGUCCUUGGAGGGACGGUGACUGCGCUCAACCCUUUGUAUACGAUAGAUGAAUUAUCCACGCAACUGAAAAGAUCCAGUAGCAGUAUUCUGGUGGUUGCGCCGUCUUCAGUAAAAAACGCAAUAGCAGCGAAAUCUCAGUGUCCAAAUGUCAAGGAAGUGAUUGUGUUCGGAAACGUUGACGGAAUUAGACCGUUUACAAAUCUACUGGAAGAUGAUGGCCAUGCAUUCCCAGAAAACGUGGAUAUUAACGUCGACGAAGACGUGUUAGCCUUACCAUACAGUAGCGGUACGACGGGGCUUCCGAAGGGGGUUAUGUUAACUCACAAAAACAUUGUCGCCAAUGUUGAACAGCUAAGGCACCACGGUGUCAUGGGAUAUGUCCCCCUCAGUGACUGCCUGGUGGGAGUGCUCCCGUUCUUCCAUAUAUAUGGCCAAGUGGUCACUCUAUUCACUGGGCUUGCAGCGGGGGUCAAGAUUGUUACUAUGCCAAAAUUUACCCUGGAUGACUACCUGCACAUCGUUCACAGACAUCGGGCGACAUCGCUUCAUGUGGUCCCACCCAUAGCCCUCCGCAUGGCUAAAUACCCGGAUAUUCACAAAUUCGACCUCUCCUCCGUUCGACAAGUGUUCUCCGCCGCUGCGCCUCUCUCUGAUACUCUAAGCGAAGAAUUCAGCACCGUUACUGGCUUAAGUGACAUUAAACAAUGUUAUGGGCUCACAGAGACCAGCCCGGUCACUCACUGCUGCCCGCCUAGAAGCUGGAAGAGUGGGUCUAUUGGCGUCCCAGUGCCGAAUACCAAACAUAAGAUUGUCGACAUUGAGUCCAAUACUCCCCAGGGCCCAAUGCAGGAAGGCGAGCUUUGUGUCCAGGGCCCGCAAGUGAUGAAGGGCUACGCGAACAAUCCCGAGGCCACGGCAGAGUGCAUAAAAGACGGCUGGUUUCAUACUGGUGAUAUUGGGUAUCUAGACGCCGACGGUCAUGUGUUUAUCAGUGACCGAUUGAAAGAACUGAUCAAGUUCAAGGGAUUCCAGGUCCCGCCAGCAGAGCUGGAGGCAGUGAUAUUGACUAACCCAGCGGUUCUUGACGUAGCAGUAAUAGGUGUCGACGACGAAGAAGCGGGAGAGCUUCCCAAGGCGUUCGUCGUGGUAAAACCGCACGCUCAGUUGUUAGAAAUAGAGCUUCAGGAUUACGUUAAAACGAAAGUGGCUCCAUACAAACGGCUGCGCGGUGGAGUGGAAUUCGUUCAAGAAAUUCCAAAGACACCAACUGGGAAGAUUCUGCGGCGUAUGCUAAAAAAUCGGGAUCAGAAAUAAUACGAGCAGGAAAAAGGGGAAGAUAGAUGACAACACAAUAUUCAGAUCUGUGUCCGAGCUCUGCAAACCGGUCAACCUAUUUUGAGACCAUAAUACCCUAUUUUCACACAAGAUACAAUUACUUGUUUGUUUUUUUUUUUUUUUGUUUGUUUGUUUGUUUGUUUAUUUAUCUUUUAUAAUUUUUUUGUCAUUGAAUGAAAUUGUAGCUGGGACUUUGUUCAUUAAGCAAUAUUAAGCAUUAAUAAGCAAUGAUUACAGUAUGUGCAUCCAAUUGCACAACGUGUAUCAUUGCUUAAUUUGUUGAUACAUCGUGUCAUUCCGGCACAUAAACUUUAAACAACACGUUCAUGUAGUUUUAUAGGGUUUAUUGUGUAAAAUAUCUUACAUUAAUGGGCGACUUCUUGUAUAGAAUUUGGUGCUAUAUGCAAAAGACAUAGACAUACGUCUUAUCCUUUUGCUGCCUCCAAAAGCAAAAGAGGUUAAGGAUAUUGUCACCCUUCGGCCAAAAUUCCUUAUUUACAGCCUUAUAUACAUUCUUCUGUUGGGUUAUAGAUUAAUCUUCAAUGUUCAGUGACUAAAUUGAUUAACAUUUACAUAAAUGUCGUCCUACGGGAGAGUAAUAAUUGCGAUUUUGGGCUCAAAACUGAAAAAUCGUUUUCUCAAAUUUCUUUUUUACCCGAGUACCCACGAUCGCCGCUUCAUCGUCGAUUUAAUGGCACCAUUUAGUACUCCAAAACCAUGCCAGCGAUUUAUCCUAUAAGUUUUAGUUCAGAUUUUAUCGUUGAUAAAGCAAAAUUAUGCCUUUAUUAAAUGAAAAUCUGUAAUAAGGCGCCCAUAACUACAUUAAAAAACUACAUUAACCAAAAUGACGGCACAUGAUUGUAGUCCAUACACUCAUGGUUAGCUCUGCCAAUUUUCGUGAUAAAAUCUUGUUCAUGGAUGAAGUCACGCCCCUUACCGAUUGCUAUCUCACCUCAAAAUAGGAAGGUGUUAAAUUGACGAUUAAAGCUUUGAGUUU